AUGGCUGAAAAUUUAUUAACAAUUGAUGAGAAAUAUUUAUUGAUUACACGAAAUUUACAAGAAACCAUUGGAGAUGAUCAGUUAAAGGGGAUUUUGAGUGAAAAAGAUCUUAAAGUUUAUUGGGGAACAGCAACAACAGGUCGACCACAUAUUGCAUAUUUUCUACCUAUGAUUAAAAUAGCAGAUUUUUUACAUGCUGGUUACAAUAUGAAAGCACCUUGGGAAUUACUAGGUCAUCGUACAGCUUACUAUGAAUAUAUAAUUAAAGCAAUGUUAAAAUCAAUAGAAGUACCAUUAGAAAAAUUAAAAUUUGUACGUGGUACUGAUUAUCAACUAUCACAAGAAUAUACACGUGAUGUUUAUCAUUUAUUUUCUAUUGUUUCUGAACAUCGAGCUAAAAGAGCUGGUGCAGAAGUUGUUAAACAAGUAUUUUCAUCUUUACUCAGUGGUUUAUUGUAUCCUUGUCUUCAAGCUCUCGAUGAAGAAUAUUUACAAGUUGAUGCCCAAUUUGGUGGUGUAGAUCAACGAAAAAUUUUUACAUUUGCUGAAGAAAAUUUACCAAAAUUAGGUUAUAACAAACGUAUUCAUUUAAUGAACCCUGUGAUUCCUGGUUUAACUGGUGAUAAAAUGUCAGCAUCGGAUGAAAAAAGUAAAAUUGAUUUACUUGAUACAUCAGAACAAGUCAAAGCAAAACUUUAUGAAGCUAUUUGUGAAAGAACAAAUGUUGAACAAAAUGGUGUACUUGCUUUUUGUAAAAACGUUGUUUUUUCAUUACUUAAAGAUAAAAAAUUUAUACUUUUACAAUCAAACAAAAAUUAUCAACCGAUAUCAUUUGACAAUUAUCAACAAUUAGAAGAUGCAUUUAUUGACAAGGAUAUAGAUGUUAAUGAUCUUAAAAAUGGUCUUGCAGAUUAUCUUAAUAAAUUACUUGAACCAAUUCGACAAGAAUUUCAAUCUGAAGAAAUGCAAAAAUUAAUAUCACUUGCUUAUCCAACAUAA